CACAAACGAUAACAGACAAGAUGUCCUGCACUCAUAUUGACGAAUACCUCGCCAACCUGAAACCGCCUACGAACGGUCAACAGGUACACAAGGAGGAAUGCACCCAAUGCUUCGACGGACAGGACGACGAACAAGGCGUCUGCGUUUGCCUACACUGCUUCAACGGGGGCUGCCUGAACGACGAUCGAGCGCAUGCCAAAUUACAUUUUCAGAGGACCGAUCAUGCAUUGGGUCUCAUCAUCAAACGUACCAAGAAGCCUCAGAAAGUCAGGGACGAUCAAGAACCACCGAUGAAGAAGCUCGCUCUGGUAGUACCUUCCGAUCAAGAGACUUACGACUUUGAAACCUCGUACAAAUGCUUCAAAUGUCCCUCAGGGAACCAAGAAUUCAAAGAAGACGCCCGAUUGAACGCGGUUCGGGAUGGUAUCAUGAACUCUAUGGCCUCGGCUCAACAAUCCGAAGUCAAAGCGUGGGAGGAAGAACUCGUCGCGUGUGAACAUGCUUUGUUGCUCGAGCAGGAUGACGUUCCUCAAGGCUUUCAAGUCUCUCCGCAUUGCAGCUGCUGCGACCUCACUUCGAACUUGUGGUUAUGCCUCACCUGCGCCUCGGUCAAUUGUGGGAGACAACAGUUUGGCGGGAUCGGUGGGAAUGGUCACGCCUUGGAACACAGCAAAGCCACGGGACACGGGGUCGGGGUCAAGCUCGGUACUAUCACGCCUGAGGGUGGGGGAGAUAUCUAUUGUUACACUUGCGAUGACUCCAAGGUCGAUCCUGAACUUCCGCGUCAUCUGAAACAUUUCGGGAUGGACGUGGUGAACCAGCAAAAGACGGACAAGAGCAUGACAGAGUUGCAAAUCGAACAUAACCUCAAGUUCGACUUUUCCAUGACGGGCGAUGAUGGCAAGCAGUUGGAGCCGCUGUUUGGGCCUGGUCUGACGGGUCUGAAGAAUCUCGGAAACAGCUGUUACAUGGCAUCGGUCCUGCAGGGAAUCUUUUCGCUACCAGCCUUCAAGCAGCGUUACGCAGAGUCGGCAUCUCACUUCGAGAAUUGCCCAGAGUUGCUGCCGGCCGAGUGUCUCGAUUGCCAGAUGUACAAGAUUAGCGACGGGCUCCUCUCUGGGCGUUACUCUCACCCAUCGAUCAGUACCUCCGGUUCGGCCGAUCAAGACCCCGCUCAACGGUUCCAAGAGGGAAUCAAGCCGAACAUGUUCAAGGCGCUGGUCGGGAGAGGCCACGAAGAGUUCUCGACGAUGCGUCAACAAGACUCGGAAGAAUUCUUGCAGCACCUCAUCCAGCGAUUGCGACAAGAAGCCAAGAAGAAAGGUUUGGCUGAAGAGAGGGAGGCCACGGAGACCUUCAAGUUUGGGUUGGAGCAAAAGCUCGUUUGCAGCGAAUGCAAGGGGGUCAGACUCAAGGUGGAUCGAGCGGAUUCUAUAAGUCUGCCUGUACCCGUCAAGGAGAUCGAGGCGCCGAUCGUCGUCGGUCAGGGCGAUGGUGGAUCAGCCGCUCCUACCAAGCAAUACGAACCCGUCGAGUUCGCUUCAUGCCUCAACUUGAUGACCGAAGCGGAAACUCUGGAAUACAAUUGCCCGCAAUGCAAGAAAUCGGUGCAGGCGCUAAAGUCGUCCGGCUUCAAGUCGUUCCCCGACGUCUUGGUCGUACAUAUGCGUAAAUUCCAACUGGUCAACUGGGUGCCAACGAAAUUGGAUGUUCCCGUCAAUGUCAAAGAUCGCCUCAGCCUGGAUGGGUUCCUGUCCGCAGGAAUGCAAGAGGGCGAAACCGAACUCGUGGAGGAGGAGGCUCCUGUCUCGAACGAACCGGAGGUGAACGAAGCCGCUGUCGCCCAAUUGAUGGAGAUGGGCUUCCCUCGUAUUCGAUGUGUAAAGGGCCUGUUGGCGACCGGCAACGGCUCGGCCGACGCGGCUAUGGAUUGGUUGAUCAUGCAUAUGGAAGAUCCUGAUAUCGACGAUCCCCUCCCUGCGGCUGGAGCCAAGGCGUCGACGAACGCUGGUCCUGAACCGUCAGCUGAACAGAUUGAGCAACUCAGUAUGAUGGGUUUCACCGCGGCGCAGUCGAAGAAGGCGUUGCGCUUGACGGAUAACAACGCCGAGAGAGCCGUCGACUGGUUGUUCGCUCAUCCUGAUGAUGAUGGACGCGAAGACGACGUCGAGAUGGCAGCCGUACCAGAAAACCAGAACAUCGGAGGAUCCUCGUCGCUACCCGCCGAGUACCGACUCAAAGCCUUCAUCUCGCACAAGGGACCGUCGGUACAUUCCGGCCACUAUGUCGCUACGGUCCGACAAGAGGACGGGAGCUGGGUGCUUUUCAAUGACGAAAAGGUGGUCAAGGCGGAGGGCGAGGCGAACGAGACGAUGAAGCAGUUGGCAUACAUCUACAUCUAUGAGCGCGACUUGCAGAACGUGUAAAGACGAGGUACAUGCUCAUUUGAACGAAGCCCGACGCUCCCAAUCUGUACCUGUCCUUCCUAUACUUGUACAAUCCAUAUCACAAAGUCGGUGGAAGCGCGGUUGCGCCGCUGUAACACUCACUAUUCGUUCGAUUGAGAUUGAGAGAUCUACUGACCAGAGACUUCUCGCGAUUCCGACACCCACCUUCGGUUGAGCGAUCAACAUCGUCAUAUCAUCAAGAUGAAUUACCACCAUCAUCGAUU